UGUGACUGGAAAGAAGGCCAUUGUGUCAAGUACGUUUUCAAAAUGAUUUCCCUGGCUGUUAUCGAGAGCACUUUAAACAAAAAAAUGCUGGCAAAGAAUGUAAAAGGAUAGACUUAAUAAAAUGACCAUGAUGAUGCCGAGUUAUGUCGUCGUUCUUCUUGUCUUCGCCGGCGUCUCUUCCGCUGCGGACCCAUCAGCUCCUUGUCCAAAUUACCUGACUGCAUCUAAACCAGAUCUCGUCCAUACAUUCUCAAGCUCAUCUCUAUGUUACAACACGGUGCUGGAAAAGACGAAAUGGCAGACUGCGCAUUCUGUCUGCCGUGUGGCCGGCGGGAACUUGGUAACCAUCCAUGAUAACAGUACCCAGGCAAUGCUGUUAGGACAACUUGGUAACAUCAAUGCUGCUUCGAGCUGGAAUUUCUGGAUAGGGCUUUACCCCUUAAAGCAAUCUUCUGACAACAAUCACUUUACUUGGGUAGAUGGUGGCGAUUGUUCAUUCAAGCUGCAAGAUACGCGGAAGGUUGACUGCGAACCUGACAACGGCGAAGCUUACUGCACUAACACCUCACGAUGCUGCUAUCAAGAAUCGAAAACUGAAGGCGUACCUUGGUGUUACUACCCGACCGUAGAGAGAGGACGUCUCCCGUUUGAUGAUUGGGCUCCCGAUGAACCCAGUAGAGACGCGGAAAACUCAUGUGCUCUGUUGUGGCAUGACCAUGGUUGGAAGUGGGAUGAUCAGAAUUGUGAUGUGGCACAUUUCCACAGCGAUAUUGGCUACAUCUGCCAGUUUGUUAUUCCGCCCACCAUCUCGACGGCGGAGACAACGACUGCCCUGGCCGUCUCUCCGACGACAAGACCAACGACCGGUGUUUCAUGUGAGAAACAAAUCUCCACGGCCGUCGAUGUAAUCGAAGGCAAAUCAUACUGCUAUGAUGUUGUCCUCAAUGCAUUGUCAUGGAAUGCCGCGUACGAGAAAUGCCGGACAGCAGGAGGAAGUCUGGUAGCCAUAAAAGACAACAUUACGCAGAAGACAUUGGUUCAAGAACUUGGUACAAUUCCCGCUGCUAAGAACUCGGACUUUUGGGUUGGACUCUACCCGUACAACCAUGAGCAGGAAUACUUUACUUGGGCAGACGGGCCAACACAGUGCAGCCCAGAUCUUGCCAGCACCAUGCGGGUCGACUGUCAUAAGCAUGACAAUGCCGACGAACAGAGCUGUACAAACCUAGGAUGCUGCUGGAAGACAUUAUCGAAAAACGAAACUGGACCCUGGUGUUACUACCCCAGCGUCAAUAACGGACAACUUCCGUUUGCUGCUUGGGCAACGGACCAACCAUCAAAGGAUCACAAUAUCACGGAAUUCUGUGUGCUGUUGUGGUCCCCCGCCAGCUGGACAUGGGAUGACCAGGACUGUGGCAAUACCAAAGGGUAUAUUUGCGAGUUUGUGAAGAAAGAUGUUACUAAUCUGCCGCCGACAGUUGUUGCGAGUACGGAGAUGUCCUCCCCGGCGGGUAUUUUAACCACGAGUGCAACGACCACAAGUCAAACGGCAGGUAUUAUAACAACGAGCCAAACAGUAAUUGGUACAGUGUCGAGCCAAAUAUCAAGUGUUACAGUUCUGGACAAAACACCAAGUCAUACUAUUGUCCAAACACUAAGCGCUACAAGGCCAAGCAGCAAUAUUGUUCAAACUCCGAGCCAAACGGAAGGUAUUACAACUCCAACUCUUACACCAAGUCUAACCCCAAGUCAAACGUCAAGUCUAACGCCGGGUGUUUUAACCACGAGUGCCACGACCAAAAGUCAAACAACAGGUGUCAUUGCACCGAGCCAAACAAUAAUUGGUACAGUACCGAGCCAAAUAUCAAGUGUUGCAGUUCUGGACAAAACACCAAGUCAUACUCUUGUCCAAACACCAAGCGCUAUCCAAGGUUCAAGUGAAUCAUCCCCCAGUCGUAGUGCUACAACUUCAAGCGCAACACAAAGUGCGGCAAUGAGUCCAAGUCUGAAACCAAGUGCUACAAGGCCAAGCAGCAAUAUUGUUCAAACUCCGAGCCAAACGAAAGGUAUAACAACUCCAACUCUUACACCAAGUCAAACGUCAAGCCUAACGCCAAGUGUUACAACUUCAAAUCAAACACCGAGUACUGCAGCUUCAACCGGCCAUACAACUGGUGUUCUAACUCCAAGCAUGACAGCAAGUAUUCCAACAGGAAGUGCUACUAGUACCUUUCCAAGCCAAACAGCAAGCGUAACUCCAAGCCAAACAGAAGGUGGUAAUGACAGUUCGACAUUCAGUGUAACCAUGACACCACAGACGCAUACGCCACCAACUGAUCAAGGGUCGACGAAUGGAUCGUUCCAAAUUAAAACAACCCCCGCAAACGGAACUGUCGUUGAUGAGCCGCAGGCGCUGUUGUCACAAGGUGUCACAAUUGGUAUCUCCGUGUUGGUUAUAUUCCUGAUUGCCGUCGGUCUGUUUGCAGUAAUCUAUAUGGUCAGGCGAAGAAUGUUGCAGAAAAAGGAGUACGAGGGACUCGAUCAUUCGAAUGAAUUCUCUAAUGCUGGUUACGACCCAGUAGACGCAGCGGACGGUGAAUUAGAUGACCCGGUGAAAUUUUUCAACGAAGGCUAAAUCACUAAUUAAAAGCCGGUACUCUAACAAACAUUCCUAAAUUCUGGGUGAUCGGUGAAGCGUUUGUUUCUCUUAUAUGGCAGUUCCCCCGACUGUAUGGAUUUUGGGGCAGUUUUUGUAUUUCGAUUUGAUUUGAUUUCGAAUGUAAUUUUUACGAAAAUGAUUUUAUUGUCGUCUCGUGUCCUCCCUGUGGCUUGUAAUAGCUAAUAUCCCAGUCCCGGGAUCCCAGUAUGAGCAGACUUGCAAUGUCAAAGACUUUGCGGAUGCGUCUCCACGUGUUUGUUUUUGCAUUCGCAUGUUCCACUACUGUCUACAUGUAUAUAUUAUGUCAUUGACAGGUUCCGCAACCCUUGAGCGUCGUGAUGAGACCUAUCAUCGUGAUUUUGAUUUCACUCCCGAUCCAAGGGCCUACUCCUUAUCAUUUAUUCUCAAUGAUUCACAAUAGCCCCAUCCCCUCCCCUCACCACAGGGUGCGUAUGGACUUAACUUAGAAUACAUUGUUUUCAUCAGUUUUGUUUUCGAUAUUCUUCACGAAUAAAACAUACGGCUCAAGAGUGCAAACGAUUGUCUUGAUGCGAAGGUCGCGGGGCCGCAUUUUCAAUUAGCUAACUACUGCAAAACCAGGAGCCGUCCCGAAUAUGACUGAUACUACAGCGAGCAGUGCCGUCCGUCCCUAAUUUGAAUGUCGCGGUGUAUGUACGAUUGGCAUCUGGCCUUUGUUACGUGUGUAUUCUACGAAACACUUGAUUUAUCGUAGGACUAUGAAUAAGAGGAGUGGACACUCUAUCUGGUAUUUUUAAAACUACUUAUUAGCAUCCAGUUCACACUGGGCGUGAUGUCACUGAGAAAUCUGCCAUUUGAAAGUCCCGCUGAUUGACAAGGUCACGUGUAAUAAAAUCGACGUCACGUGGUCAAUUAGGCGAUAUCGCCGUAGGAUUUUAUGCUGAUACUGCUUCCCAUAAAAAUGGCCUCCACUGUUCGACACCGGCCGAAUUUGCCUAAACAUGACGAUGGGCUGUCAGCUCAAAAUGAAUCAAAUGACAGCAAGAAAGCGACCAAGGAUUCUGCUUUGGUCAGGGAAUAUA